GGGGAGGUAAACAGACGUCGUCUAUAUAAUAUACUCUACCUACACGAGGCUGGAGAAUACCGUAGCGUGCUCACAUUCACCACAACUCUCCGACCAGUGGGUCAUGUUAUUCACCACUUGACGUUGUCCUUCUUCGCCAAUUCCUCGGCCCUAUCGCAAAGCUUGGUACGGAACCCACACUUCACUGAGCCAGCCUACUCAUGAGGUCGCUGCUCGCUUGCCCGGAGCCGGUCAGCUACUUGUCAAGUAGCAAAGUUUGCGAUGAGGUUGAAGCAUAUACUUUCCCCGGGUUUUAAAGUGCGUUGGUGUCGUUGUUGGUGUUGGUUUUCAGAGCCCGUUGCGCGGUUACAGUCAAUUCAACGGCAUGACACCCCUGGAUCAAUUACUAGUAGCGGCUCCAUCAUGUCCCCGUAUUAGUAGGCGACCUAUGUAUGACAUAAGCUCGCCACGUCUCCGUCGUCCUCGCUCGCAGUCGACCACCCAACAUCCAAAAGUACACAGCAACAUGUACCUCACGAUCCCGCAAACCCUCCUCUCCGUAGGUGUUCUCUUCCUCCUCGUGGCCAUCCCCACGCAUGCCCGCACCACCACCACCUCGCAAGAGCGAGCGCACUUCAUGCGCGCAACACUGCACACGCUGCAAGGCCCAUGCCCGCGGAACCCAUUCACCGCGCUGAUCGUGAACCACACGGCGUCGCCGGCGACAAUCGUGUGCACGGGUAGCAACAGCGCAUACGCCGACGGCUACCAUCCCGUGAUGCACGGCGAGAUGGCCGCAAUCAUGAAUUGCUCGCGCUUGCUAAGCUCCAGGGAGGCCUGGGCAGAUUUGAGCAUCUACACGGAUGCUGAGAGUUGUCCUAUGUGCGCCGCCGCCAUUCGCUGGGCUGGCAUGAGAGAGUACAUCUACGGCACGUCGGUGGCGACGCUGCUCGCCAAUGGAUGGCCACAGAUCACGAUCGAUUCGGACGAGCUGUUUGCGCGGUCCACGAUGUUGACGCCGCAGACAGAGUUGGUGUCCGAUGUGCUGGCAAACGAGACGGAUCCUAUGUUUGCGUGGCAGUUUCGGCCCCAGGCUGAGUGUCCGAAGGGCUGUCACAGGGCCGGGACCGAUUGCGUUCCGGUGGGCGGGGAGGACACUCCCGUGCCGAAGAAAGAACUGUAGCGUAGGUAUGUAUGAUAGCAUGUGUAUAUGUCUGGAGGAUUUCUUUUCUGUUGGUUGGGGACUGACCAACAACUGAGCCAUACUUUUGGGGGCCGUGCGGGUGCUGGUUGGGGGACCUCUUGAAAUUUCUCCAGGUAUCACCACACCCAAGUAAUAGCAAUGCAUGCAGAUGCGGCGAGGAUGCCGACCCCACUACCUAUAUGAGUACCGUGUACUCAGUGUACCCCACAAAUGACAUUUAUUCAUAGGAA